AUUCCACCUCUCCAUACUCUCUAUCCUACCGCACGACUACCACCGACGACGGCGACACAAACGACCAUAGACCCCCCGUCUCGGGCUAGUACACCAUAAUCCUUUUAAUCGCAGCUCGAUGCUGAAAAUUAGCACACCUGCACGGUCUCUCGUACUCCUUGGAAUCAUCUCAUGUCUUCUGCUCUUCUCCCUCGUUUCUCGCUAUGAUCUGCUUGACGGCCAGACGGCCAGAACUCAUCUUCAGACAAGACAGUUUUUCCCUGGUUUAGGUGGUGGCGGGGAUGACGACGGCAAGUCUACGUCGACGAGUGAAAUUACCUCUGCGGCACCUACAUCUGCAGCACCACUCCCUUCUUCGACUUCAUUACCUCCCUCAACGAGCUCCGAUCCACCGUCCACCACGCAGAGUUCUGCAAGUCAGACCUCGCAGCAGAGUGCCCCUUCUAGCCAGCCACCUUCCUCAGCGGCAUCUUCCACACCUACGGACACUACUACACAACCACCAACUCAGACAAGCAAUAGCAAUAGUGCACCUGAACCCACUGCUCCUCCUUCUCAGGUUACCUCCGAAUCGUUAUCCACGGGAGCUAAUGGUGAGGUAGAAACUGUCAUUGUCACCGCCACCCAAACGCCCUCUUCGACUUCCGACCAACCUUCUCAAUCUGCUGACGCGGAUCAGGCUGGCGGUGGAAGCAAGGGUGUGGGCACAUCGACAAUUGUUGGUUUAUCGGUCGCAGGCGGUAUCGCCUUGAUUUGCAUUGCCGCCUUCGUCAUCUGGAAAUUCACUCGCAAACGGUUUGCCGACGAUUUCGAUGACAACGAAGCGAUUAAGUGGCCAGACUUAAACGCACAUGGAGACAAUCCACACGGGUUACCAACAAAUAGAACGGGUGGAACAGGGUUUGAGACAAACUCAGAGGUUAACCUUACGCGUCCAGACAGUCGUGCAGCUAGUGUUGCUCCCUCCGCAGCUACUUCAACAGUCGAUCUUUACAUCCCUGGCCAAGAUCCAUACGCUGUCCCUCCCCUUCCUCAUCUAAAUCCCAAUCAGCCUUACCGCGAUGACCCUAACACAGCGUUUUACGAUCCAUACAAUGGACCCAUACCUCAGACACUCGACAAUGCAGGGGAGGCUAUUCCUAUGACACAGAUCGGUGCACGAGCGCGAAGUCCUGGCCCCCAGAUGUCGUUUGACCCUGUAACUGGCGGUACACGUGCGAGAAGUCCUGGUCCGCAGGCAGCGUUUGAUAUGGGAAUGGCAGGUCGACAAUCACCAGGACCACAGGCUGCAUAUGGAUAUGGUGAUGCUUCUAGAGUGCGCAGUCCUCAAGCUGCUAUGGGAUACGGUAAUGGGAGACAUUCACCAGGACCGCAGGUUGCAUAUGGUAGUUGAGGAUAGUUUGGAAUGUGGAAUCAGGCUGGCUGGGCCACCCGCCCUAGAGAAGGUGUGGUGUAUGGCUUGAUUGGACCUUGUUCGUGGAGAAGGGCAGUUAUUGGACAGAUACCCCUACAAGCAUUUUCGUACCAAUCAGCAUACUACAUCGUUCAACUUCUGGAUAAUUCGCUCUCGCUCUCUGAAUGCAUCUGUUACCCUUUCGUCCAAGCAAUUAUUUAAUGCACACUUGCUUGUCGUCCUCUGCCGGUCAGCAUGAUGAUUUCCGUUCGUUAUUUCGCCACACUCAUUCAAUCGAGGCAUCUUGACGGACGAUCUCAAUGGUAACUCUGCAUUCUUCGUUCAUAGCUUUAACUUGUCUAGUUACUCAAAAUAAUGCCACUAUGUACUUGAGUUGCUUGUUC